GCCCAAGCCGUGUUUUGCAUCGGCCCGGCGGGCUCGCAGUGUCAGCGUCGUCUGCUUCAGUCCUCCCAUGAACAUGGCCAUCAAGGUGUUCAGGUGUUUGUUGUGCUCUGUUGUCCUUGCAGGCGCUGCGCGCACGUCGGCCGAGUCGGAGCUCGAAGGCGGGGGUCCAAAGUCAAACCACAGUGCCCUUGUUCAGAUUGGGGGGUCAAGCGAUGGCUGUAGCGACAAUCCGAUGUGCAAGUUGCAAAGCUGGUCUGACUGGAAGGAUGAAGCGAAGAACCAGAAUAUCGGCAGCAACCUCUGGAUGUGUUCUGAAGACUCGAGUAUCGGCCACGAGUUUGUGUUGCUAGGCAGGCCUGAGGCGUGGUCCUGCACUGACGAUUCUCAGAAUUGCUAUAGCCCCACAUUCAAUGGCAAAUACAAGGCGUCUUGCGGUGAUUCUCUUGGUUGGCGCGGCGGCAGACAGUCAUCAUCAACUUCAGGCAGCACAGGCAGUGGCGGAGUCACGUGUGAUGAGUUUGCUUCGAAGGAGACGCGGUGCUACCAAUGGACAAGUGUCGACCCAACGUGUUCGCGCACCAUCGCGGAUCAAGUCGCCACACAUUUUCAUAACCACCGCAGCUACAGUAUUUGGGCAAUGUGUGGUACGGGGACCGAGUCAAGCCGCUUGCAGCAGGGAUGUGAUGGCUGGUAUGCCAGCAGUUCGAAUACAGGACCAGCCUGGCUGCAGGCGCAAGAAGGAAAGAUUGCACUUUGUUGGGAUCUCACAAAGGCGUUCAAGGCCCUCUACUGCUACUACACGCGCACCAGUGAGCACUCCUGCUGAGACCGCACCGCCGCUGGUUAACACGCAGGUCAGAGCAGUGCGCAACGCAAGAGGGAAAGUAUGCCGUCGGCUCGUAUCGCGCGAAGAAAAUGCCUCCGUCAAGCACUUUGCGCAGAUCCUUGUUGUGGCGUUCUUGUUCACAACGUGGCCCUUCACAACGUGGCUCCCCAAAGCUUUCGACCCGUCCCCAGAACCAGGUUGUCGUCGCGGGUCGUAUUUUGAUCGUCCUGGGGCCCAGAAGUUGCCACGGGGGCCUCAAGUACCGAAGCGCGACCGUCGUGUUUGAGUUGCUUUUCGGCCACAGACUGGUAGCAGGGCCUUGCGCGUGCGCAUCGUGGCUGCGCCGUCCGCCGGUGGGGAAGAAAAACGCUUUCACGUGUUAAUCGUUAGCCAUUAUCUGUCUCAACAUGGCGCGACGCCCAGAGGAAGCUUGCGGAUAUGGUGCAUCGAGUGCCCCGGCGAACAGAUCCCCAACGAGAUUUGGCAGAUUGGGAUCAACGCAUCGUGCUGCUCAGGUCGUUUAGCAUGCGACGCAUGGGACCCUGUAAUGGAAUGGAGGUAUGUUUUUUGUUGAGGCUCCUGAGGGCCCGAUAGCGUCUUGAAGGCGUCCUCGCGGCGCCCUUCGCAGGCCUCCAAAGCUGAGGGGUUCAUUGCGGUAAGCGUGGACUGUUCGGCGACGGCGUUCGCACUUCCACGGGUUGACAAGACGUCACGCGCACUUGAAGUCAUUAUUGCACCCUCAUUCGGGC